AUGCUAGUUAAGGACGAAUUUGUGCCAAAAACUCAUAACCUCAGUUCACUAACUCCGUUCGUAGAUGAAGAAGGGGUAAUACGUGUUGGCGGACGGCUAAGCUCUUCAAAACUACAAUUUGAUGCCAUUCAUCAAAUGAUUUUACCAAGCAACGAUCCACUAGUAAAGUUGUUGGUAGAAAAAAUACAUAAAGACAAUUAUCAUUGUGGCGCCCAAGCAUUGCUGGCACAAGUGAGGCAGCGUUUUUGGCCCCUCAAAGGAAAAAGCUUGAUGAGAGCUGUAAUACAACAAUGUUUAAGAUGCAGAAGAGCAAGGCCAAUUGUGUACAAUCAAAUCAUGGGAAAUUUGCCUGGACACCGUGUGCAACCAGCUCGACCAUUUCUCAGCACUGGAGUUGAUUAUUGUGGCCCAAUAUGGGUUCAUUACAAAACAAGAGGCAAGCGUCCACAAAAGGCGUAUAUCGCUGUCUUUUGCUGUUUUGCAACCAAGGCCGUACACUUAGAACUUGUGACUGAUCUGACCACAGAUGCAUUCAUUGGAGCAUUAAAACGCUUCAUAGCAAGACGAGGACGCUGUAAAACGUUAUACUGCGACAAUGCGACCAAUUUCGUUGGAGCGAAAAACAAGUUGCAGGAACUUACUGACGUCAUCUACGCUGAUCGAGCGAAGGAAUCAAUUGCAGGAAUGUGCAGUACGAAAGGCAUAGAAUUUCACUUCAUUCCACCAAGGUCACCACACUUCGGCGGGUUAUGGGAGGCAGCAGUAAAAUCUGCCAAAUAUUUGCUGGUCAAAAAUGUUUCAACAGCAUCACUUACAUAUGAAGAGCUUGAAACUGUUAUUAUUGAAGUUGAAGCAGUGUUGAACUCGCGACCCCUUAUUCCUAGCUCAUCAGAUGCAAACGAUUUGAACGCAAUAACUCCAGGUCAUUUUUUAAUAGGUGAAGAAAUCACUUCAAGCGUUGAUGUGCAUGCACGUGACUCUAAAGAAAAAUUACUUAAACGCUGGCAACUGGUAUCAGAGCUAAAACACAGUUUUUGGCAGCGCUGGACUAAGGAGUAUCUAAGCGAAUAG